CUUUUCUCUUUUCAGAUGGAUGAGCUAGAACUCCACGCCGAGUCAACCUUCGAGGUGGAAAUGGACACCCGGCCCCCCUCUACCCCCCCAGAGGCUAUCCCUCCAGAGGCUGCCUGGCAAGCAGAAAUAGAUGCACGGAUGGGCCCAAUCCCGCCCCCUGGCAGUAGACAAAAACGUACGUGGCUCCGUAAGUUGCGUCGAUUACGGAGUCGGUUAAGGGCAGGGUCCAGGGAUUCCCCUAAUUCCCUAAAGGAAACUCCCGGUCCUGCCCCUGUCAUGAUGAAGGGCGUUAAGCCAUCCAAAGGAAUGGGGAGGGGGAGAGGGUUCGCAAGGGUCCGCAAGGGUCCCAUAACACCCGGCACGCCCGGUACUUUCCAUAGUAAGGGGAGAGGGAGGGGUCUCUUGAAUUACCUCAACCGAGAAGAUUUCUCUUUAAUGGAUGCCCCCGCCCCUGCUCCGAGCUCCCAUCCCCCGCUUCUACUAGGGUUUGAUAGCCAUUUUCACCCAGACAGGUGUGGUUGGUACAGUAAGAGAAAGGGGAAGAGCGUGGUGACAAAGCACCCGGUAGAGAUAGUCGGAGGGGUCCUGAACUUCUGUGACCCAGAGUUCUUUAUGGACCCCGGCUUUCUUUCCCGGGUGCUGGCUCACAGCCCCCCAUACAACAAGAGGGACGGGAGCUGGAGAUUAGCAGUAGGGAUACACCCUAAACAGGCCUCACAGUACACCGAAGAUCAGUGGCAGCGUUUGGUUGCCCUACUUCAAAGCCCCUUGGUUGUAGGCGUAAGCGAACUGGGCUUUGACUUUUCUGUCAACUCCCAGUGGUGGCCUGACCAGGAAGCGCUCUUUCUGCGACUUCUUGGUCAGGGCACCCAAGGGAGGGUCCUUAUCCUUCACCUAAGGGGUGAUUCGAAGAAUAAUACCGCGUACGCGGCGCACACUUUGGCCCGCCGGCUUCUUGCAAAGCACUGCUCCCCACUCCAAAGGAUACACAUCCAUAACUUCUCCAGCGAUGCUUUGCAAGCCGGGAAAUGGAUCGCUGCCUUUCCAUAUUGCUAUUUCGGUAUUGCCGGGAUGGCAGCGUACUUCACAACAGAACAAAUUCAAGGCCUUAGGGCUGUCCCCGCGGAUCGGCUAAUUCUGGAGACCGAUGCUCCGCAUCUCCCUCCUCGCCCGGACAUGACGGUGACUUCACCUGAAAGCCUGGGUGAUGUGGGGGCGGUGGUAGCCAACCUGCGGGGGCAGCCCUUGGCCACUAUAAUGGCCCAAGCCACAUACAAUGCAAAACUACUGUAUGGCCUGUUAGGGUAAUAGGGUAUGUUAUUCAUUUUUUUGGUGGCCCCUGUCUCAUGUUUUAUUUUUCUGUCCAAAAUCUUGCCCUUCCUACUUUGGAGGUUAAUUAAAAGAUAAAGUCGCGGCCUAUCCAUGUAAUUGAGGGGUCUUAGGUUCUUCUCUUCUGCGAUGCAGUAUUUUCUCUCUCCGGAGAACGUUUCUAUUCUGUAUCGUGGCGGAGAAGGACUGAGAAGUUUUCCCAACGUACCGGGCCGAACUAGACCAGAUUUUACAUUCCCAAGUGGAAAGUGUCUGUUGGCUGUCAUCUUUCGGACCCUCCUUAGUCUUCAGGGACUGGUAAAGGUUGCGGACUCUUAUAUUCCAUAAAGCUCAAGAGACAUUGGUUUAGUUUUUUGAAAUAUUGUGCCAAAUUGUGUCGCACGUAAAGUUAUAUAUCCAGGUGAUAUUAUAUUUAUUCCAACCGUGGUGCCAAAAUACGUCACAAGUGAGUUUAUAAAUUUCUUAACAUACUAUCCAGCGGAUAUAGGUUUGGUUUUCAAAGACAAUAUUGUGCCAAGUUGUGUCACACAAAGUUUUUUAGUUAUUUCAACCAUUGUGCCGAAUGACGUCACAGGUAAAAUUAUACAUUUCCUUUAAUGAUAUCCAGGCGAUAUGGUCUUCAAUUUAGUUUUAAAGUCUGCUGGCCAAGCAAGGCUUAUUACUUGGUUAUCAUCCUCCAAAGUUUGGGGAUUGAGAUUUGGGGCCAUCCAUAUUUUUUUGUGUGUAAAUAGUCCUUUUCACGCAUGAACUACAUGGACUACAUGAACUACAUGCUUAGUAGCUCGUAACCUAAAGACAUGUAUACAUAUAUAUGUAUAUAUGUUCAAUAAAGUUUUUUGAGGGUCUGUUUAAUGCCCACGAGUAUAGGGAAAGAAACCUAAAUUUCCUUAGUAUAUGUUUUCGUGAUAUUUCCGAGAUACUGGGAAGUAAAUAGUUCCUUUCAGGGGUCUAGGACGAGUGUUUUUAUUCCUGGUACUACAUGUACCGGUUUAUUGUUACUUUUUUGUCCACUCCUCAGACCUAUCUUUACAUCUACAUGAGUGAUUAGGAAAGUACAGUUAAUAAUCAAUCUCCCCUUUAUUUUUACGGUUGGGGGGAAUAUGGGGAACUUGGUCGCCCGCGCGAAGUGCUACAAUACGCGCGACCGUGCGUGCGACCAUGCCCCCCAGAAAACCUCCAUACGUACGCAGAAUCAGGAUCCCAAGAUAUCAGACGCAUUCUCACGUUCAGCUCUCGAUCAGUACAGUACUACAGUCUACUACGUAUACGUCCCUCAAGUUCACACGAGUCAUCAGGUUUUACGACAAGUCUACUUACAAGUUCUACGACAAGCUCUAUAUACUUACAAGUCAUCGAAGUCUUCAUCCUUUGUACGAUUAAGACGGACUGACCCAGGAUUAAGGCUAUUAUCACAGCUACGACGACGACGACGACUCUCUCUCUCUCACACAAACACACACACACACACACACGUGCGCUCUCCAUUUUUUCUCUUUCUAUCUUUUAUAGUCACAAUGUUUGAUUAGUCUCUCAAUCACAAAUAUCAUGUUACAUGAGCACACAAUGUGCACCAUGUGUCUUUAUUAAAGGACCAGUCUACCCAAACCAAAAGUUAAUACUGUAUCUUUUGUAUAUCAAUAGAUAAAUCAU